CGUAGCGUUACUUUGGUAAUCCUGGGCGUGAAAAAGUAAAUAUAUGCCAGCAGAGCUGUACAUCGUAUGUGUGGAGUCGUCCGAAGGUGCUGUGUAGAAAUUUGUAGUGUGAAGAAAAGCAUAAUGUUUGUUCAGUUGAUUCCUACAACGUGAUUACAUUUUAAUAAAAAUGUUACUGAGAAUACACCUGUUUUAUAAAAUGAAAAUAUUUUAUGAGAAGUAAGAAUGGCAGAAACUUUUUCGAGAAACGCAUUAAAAAUGGUUGUUGCCCAGAUGUGCCAAACCAUCGGUUGGCAUGGAAUUCACAAUACGCCUUUGGAUAUUAUGAUCGAUGUAUUACAAAGGUAUAUGGCAGAAGUUGGAAAACUUAUGCACCGGUAUAGUGAACAGUUUGGACAUACAGUGCCAAACCUUGAUGAUGUAGGUCUUACAUUCCGGGACAUGGGCAUAAACUUACUGGAAUUGGAGGAAUAUAUAAGGAAUGUUGAUUCUGUACCAUGUGUGUAUGAGAUUCCUAAGUAUCCAAUACCCCGGGACUCCCACCUAAACUUCUUGAAACCAGGCAGUAGAGAGGUGGUUACACGGCCAGUGCACGUUCAUGAGCACUUGCCACCCAUGCAUCCGGAGAUGGAAGAGGAGGAAUAUGGUAACAAACAAGUGCCACUUUCUGUAGACACUGCAUCAUCUUCAGGAGCAACAUCUCCUCUGGCAAGCCCCAAGGGAAAUGUUUUUAAACGGCCUGGUGACCCCAUCUCUGUAGAGAGCCCAGCUGUUAAAAGAGCAAGAUUAAUGUUAGAGGAGGAAGGGCGGCCUUUGCGUGAAAUCAGCAGCGUCAUGAUGACCACAUCUGGAUUCUUGUCUCCGGCAAGAGAAGGAAAACUUCCUGAGUCACGAACGCCAUUACAGCCAUCAGACUCACGUUCAAAUUCCCCUCAGCCAACAUCAUAUCCUAUGGUCCCUCCUGAAGUGAAGGGUGAUAAGAAGACAAAGAAGUUGCCAUUUAAGAAAACUAUAGAUGGUAUAAAAAAGAUAGGAGACAAAGAAAAUAAAAAGAAAGAUAAUAAAUUAAAGGACUUAAUCAAAGUGGAAAAACACGUACCCACAGACGAGUCAAAGGUUAAAAAGUUGGUGAGUAUGAAGGAAUUAUCAAAAUUAAAAGCCCUGAAAUCAGGAGCACUGAAAAUGAUGGCUCAUGCAGGCAGUACUUCAGGUCCAAGUACAAAUGUGAAACCUCCAAAGCUUAGUCCGCCCAAAAUAACAGCAGUCAAAUCGCCUAACCUAAGUACUCCUAAGACUGGUAAGCCUGUUGCUCAGGUCAAAACUCAGAAAACAGAAAAGAUAUUUCCUUUGCCAGUUUCAGUUCCUCAGCAGAGAGUAGUGACUCCUGAAAAAUGCAAAGAUAUAAAAGUUGUGGAAGGAAAGUUAUCAUCAGAACCUGACAAACAGAAACUUAAUAUCUUCAAGAAGAUUUCAAAAGUGAAAGAGGAGAAACCUGAAAAACUAGAGAAAGUGGAGAGAAUAGAACAUUUUGAACCUCCUCCCAGAGAUUCUCGUGAAAGUUCACCUGGGCUUGUGAUAGACGAAUCAGAGGCUAACAGUCGUCAGCGGGAAGCACGUAUGGCUCAGAUAGAUGACUGCAUUGAAUCUGUUAUUCAGCGAAGUAUGGAAAUAGUAGAAGAGGAACCAAAACUUCCCAAGGAGAGGAAAUCUCCCUUGUCUCAUGUUGCAGAAUCUUCUUCAUCUAAGGUUGAUGAGACCAUCAAUGAUGUAGUGUCUGGUCAUACAUCUGGUCCAGGCUCUGAUCAUGAUGUAUAUAUGUUUGAUGAUGAUCUUUCCCCUCCUGGAACACCUUCAACACCCAGAACACCAGAAUUACCAACACCUCGAAAAGUUCAGGAUCAGAAGGAGAGAAAAAGGAAAAAAGACAAGUCCAAGUCUAAGAAGGACUCUAAAGGAAAGUCACUGAAGGGCUCUGUCAGUCCAAAGAAAAUCAAAAUGGAACUUCCUGAACCAGUGACUCCAGACAGACCCAAGACACCUGAGGCACUAGAGCCUCGUGACCAACCUCUUGCUGCUCCUGUGUUUCCUUUCUUCCCUCACUUCCCACCAGCACCUGGUCUUAUUCCUCCGCCUAUCGGACAUCCUCUCUUUCCAAGAUUUCCGUUAACUCUUGGAAAGAACUUGCCACAUCCUGCAAUGCCAAACUUACCCCUGCCUCCACCUUUAUUCAUGCAACCCCGGGCAGAAGAAAUUCCAGAACCUAAAGAGAAGCCAGUGGUGGAGAAACCUGCACCAGUGAUUGUUCCAGCAAUGCCAUUGGUGCUGAAGACAGAUAAAUCAGAAAAACCACAACAGAUUCCAGCUCCAACAGUGAAGGAAAAGCCCGGUGAAAAGAAAUUAAAAGAACAUAAAAAGAAGGAAAAGGAUAAAACAAAGAAGAAAAAGGAUAAGAAAGAAAAGGUUAAAGGAAAAGAAAAAGGUGAAAGAAAGAAAGUGAAAGUUGAGAAUAAAGAGAAACAUAAAGACAAAUUAAAAGACAAGAAGGAGAAAAAAGAUAAAAAAAAGGAGAAAGAAGUUGCUGCUGUGGUAGCAGCAGCAGGGGGGUUUGCAACUUCAGCAUCAAAUAAGCAGGUACAUGAUGAUUUGUUUGGACAGCAUGAGGAAAAAGGUGAAUCGGGUGUACCUAAAAUAACAUUCCGUUUAGCUCCGGCGUCCCCACGCCCUCCUACUCCUGAUGCACAGCCACGGAAGAUUGUCAUCAAACCAGUAGUGAAGAAUCAAGAUGAAGGAAAUAAAUGUCCUGCUUCAGAAAUGGUGAAAAGAGAACCAUCUCCAGAGUUGGCUCGGAUUUCUGCUCUAAUUACUCGUCCUCCCAAACAGAAACCAGCAAGUAAGACAACACAACCAAAACAAGAAAAUGUUUCAGAACUAGUUGCCUCACCCACUAUAUCUUUUCCACCUCCUACACCUGGGGUUGGCUCAGCUGUGCCAACAACUGGCUCCAGCUCACUGUUAGCAAAAACAAAGAAAGGUGUUACAAAACCCAUUCAAAAGGUCAGGGGCAAAGAACUGACCAAGAAAACAGGAAUGACAACUGAAACGGAGCCCACAAAGGAACCUGUAGCAUUUUAUUAUGAUAAUGAUGGAAAUAAGGUUUGGAUAUGCCCAGCAUGUGGAGGACAAGAUGAUGGAAGUCCUAUGAUUGGGUGUGAUGACUGUGAUGCAUGGUAUCACUGGGUGUGUGUGGGCAUUCAAGUCCCUCCAGAUGAGAAUGAGGACUGGUACUGCCGAGUAUGCAUUGUUAAAAAGCAAGAAAAUAUUGCAGACAAAAAGAAGAAGUCCCGCAAGAAGAAAACAGUUACAUAAGACAUCUGAUUUUAGUCAUCCAUAUUAUUCCUCUACAUUACUGAGAUCAUGCAACCAUGGUGUACAUGAACUUCUGUAUGCACAGAUCUGUAUUAAAAUAUAAUAUUCCUUAAGUGGGGUCACUGACAUUGCAGUUAAUGCAGUAUUUAAGGGAAACUUGAGUGAGGUUUGCGUAAUCUCAUCUCACAGCACUUAUUGUUAUUUACUACUGAGUGAUUUUAUGUUGAAACAUUAUCUUCAUAUAAACAUAUUAUUUAACUGCAUUGUUCUUUCAUGCAUGGUGAAUAAUAAAAGUAUGUUGGCAAUUUUACAAGACUGUACAUAUUGAUUAUACCAGAGGAAUGAAAUUAAGUAAGGUUCUUUUUAUAGAUCUAGAAUUUAUACUUGGGCACAACUCCCCAAUCAAGUGGUUAACCAAUAUAUUGUUUUGAGGCAGUAACAGCUUGCUAUUCUUGGUUGCACAAGUCCUCAGGAAUAGCAUUUACAUAAGUCUCUUCCUGUUAUAUUUUGCCUCAUAUUACUAGAUCACACUCAGCAAGUCUGAAUUAAAACAUUUGGAAGUGACAUGUAAUACUAAAUACAAUGGACCAAGAUCUCAUAGCAUGUUGUAUUAAAUGAAUACACCAAUCUCAGAAUAUUAUUAUUUGGGUCCAGUCUGCUACCAUUUAGGUAUGGCUUGUCCUUCAUUUGUCUGAUAAAUAGUUUGAAACCUCGUUUAGUCUGUAGUGGACAAUACUACUUAAGAACACUGGCCUCUAUUUGGUUCGAUCCUGUGUUGCUUUUAAAUAUGUAGCCUGUUUAAGAAGUUUCAUACUAAUAUAUUCAUGAUGCAUCUCCAUAAUAGAAUGUCAUUAUUAAUGAAGUGAAGGGUAUGAAAUGGUUUCAUACCCCAGCCUUGUUAACUCCUGGGGAAAGACCCCCAGUACCCAUUAGAUAAGGGGCUCGGUGGGCACCACAGCUGGCAUGGACACAGAGGCUAGAAGGAAAAUCCCUUGUCCCUGCCAGGGAUUGAUCAUCAGAAGUUAAACCUCUUCAGUAAUGCUAGUAGUCAGGGUUGUUACAUUGAAAAAUUUAUUGUGAUUUGUUUGGAGACUUCAGUUGUACCCUUAACAUAUGUAUUUUUACCACCACAUGUGUUAAUAACAAGAACAAAUGUAUGUUAAUGUAGCAGAUUAUAUGUAAGAAAGGAGAGUAUAAGCCAUUAGACAUAGGGUAUUAAAUGCAACAAGCUACAAGAGUAACACUGCACAGACACAUGUCCAGAAAAACUGCUGUAACUUUUGAAACUGUCUUUCUUUGCCCACGUAUGUGUUCUUUAAUAUGUACAGAAAUUUCACACAGUUUUAUGUGUGUAACUGUGUCAGAGAGAGAGAGAGAGAGAGAGAGAGAGAGAGAAUGUGUAUGUAUGCUCAUUCAGAAGCACUGUGUACAAAUUAUAGAUCCAAAAUUUCCUACCUCAGAAGUUGUUAAUUGCAAUACUGGCCUCUAUUCUAAAUGUUUUUCAGAGACCACAAAGAAAGUUUUUUCCAACCAUAAGCAAAUUGUUACCUUCUCCUGAAAUAUUGAAAGUAAGUGUUACAUAUGAUUGAUGUGUGACUGUAUUUAUUUUGAAUAUUUCUUAUAGAUUUUCUAUUGUAUAAAAAAAUAUACACACAUGUGUGUGUGUUUUAUGUGUAUGUAAUUGUGUGCCUAUAAAUGUGUAGAAAACAGGAAAAUAUGUGUUUUAUUGUAUGUAUAUAUAGCAUGCAAUAUGUGAUUUCUGUGCUGAGUCUACGUUUAAAUGAAUUUUACAAUUUUGAGAUGUGGAACUUAUUACAGGAAAUGUUUCUGUCAACAAAUAAAAGUAGUACAUAUGUCGAUGUUGGUCUUCUAGGUUCUAACACAGUGUACACUUACAGAUAUAUAACAGUUUGUAGGAACAUGACCGCAAUCAUCUUUAGGGCUGAAGGUACAGUAUGUUCUACUGAAAUCAUGGUCAGUCCACAUGGCAGUACAAUCCAAAGAUCCAACAUCUUCACCAUGUCACAUGUUGUUCAUAUGAUUUUAAGUUAGAUAUUUGUUGUGGGUGGGACAAAAAAAUUGUAAAUAUGGUACAGCAACUUGCUUUAAUCUAUUAUAGCAAUGAAAAUGGAGUCUUUACCUAAUUUUUAUAAAAUUUUACUAAUACAUUUGACAGAAUCUUAUUUUAUUCAAGAAGAAAAAAGUAAUUUUCUCUUAACAUCGCUCAAAUAUGCUUUUGUGAGCAUAAGUUCUAUUGAAGAUGACCAUCUUCUGAGAUGUAGUCUGGUAGAUAUUUACCAACAUUUCAGAGUAGCUCACUCCUUCCAUCAUCAGCGUCACCACAAUGAUGAAGGAAGCAAGCUCCUACGAAGCGGUGGUCAAUAUCUGCUAGACUAUACCGUGCAACAAUUUUGUUGUCAGUGUAGUUGAACAUCUUUUACUUUGUAAUGAUGUGAAUCAUGUAAUCUACAUCUGACUAUACCAAGACUCAGUGUAAUAGAAAUAAUGGCAUUUGUAUGCAGAGGGUAUGGGAUGAGGGUCCACAGUGGCUGCGCGGUCUGAGGCGUGGGCCUUGUGCUGCUUGGUCGCUGGGACCGUGGGUUCGAAUCCCACUCAAGCCAUGGAUGUUUCUCUGUGUACAGGUAGAGGCCUUGCGAUGGGCCGAUCCCUCGUCCAAGGAGUCCUACCAAAAUGUCUAUAGAUCAAGCCAACAACAAAGUUUGGACCCACAGUGCUCAGGCAUUUGAAGAACGUGUUGUUCCAAGUAUCCCCCAGGGUAUGGGAUGAGUUACAUAAUAGCAGCACAUUUAAACACAUUGUCUUGUGUAAAGAUGAAUUUCAUAUGAAUGAAGAAUUACUGGACAGAAGAUGAAAUGCCUGUUUGGUCAAGUGUCUUCCAUCAGUCUGUAUAGUUGGAUGUGUAGAAUCAUUAUUAGAAAUGCCAUGAUUAAACAGUUAAUUGGUCUGAUUUAGCCUAUAUCAGAUGUGUGUCGUUUAUGUACAGUCCAGUUGGCUGUGUGUUACAGUAUCAUACUGCUAAACUGUUGGACCAAAGUGUUAAAGUUUGGUCAGCAGCCUUGUAGUCCAGGGGUUUAAAUUCCCUGUUCAUAAUAUGAUGAAAGUUAAUUAUUGUUCUUUUUAAUUGCUGGAUAUUUUGUGUCAUUAAGAAACUUAUAAAGAUGCAUGACCUUACAAAAUUUAUUUUCAAACUUCAGGAUACAGACUAUGUAAAUGUGUUUAAUAAUAUUACUCUGCUAAUGAUAAGGUCAGUUACAUUUGUCAUUGCAGUUUAAAACAUGAAUACCAUGACUUAGUUCAAGAAGCAUAUGUUUCAGUCUUUGUGUCUCAUAAUUGUAAAGUUCCCUGAAAAUUAUAGUCUUCAUAAUUGAAGUGACUAAUGUUAUGUAUUUGUUAAAAUUAGUUACCUGUGAUGUGUUAUAUUUUUUGUUAUAAAGAGUGUGUAAACCAAUUAGUUUACUAUAUAAUCAGGUAAAAGCUCAUUCAAUUAAAUCAGGGAAUGAUUU